AUGAAAGCUACAAGAACAGUUUCAGGAACAUCGAAACCAUCGAUUCUGGCAAACUCAGCUAGUCUACGCUCUCGCGUCUCGCCACCAUUCACAGAGAACUCAGUUGGGAAUCUCGUGAGCUACUUUGCAGCAAAAGCAGAGGAAGGAGUAAACCAGACAAAGCUUCAAACUUUGGUUUCGAAAUUACGAAAUGCGAAACAGAGGUUUCGAGAAAACCAUGUACCGAAGCUUGUAGGAAACCCAAAUGCAACAGAGAUCAUUUGUAGCUACCAGAGAGAAGCAGGAGAUAUGAUUGCAAGUGGAGAUUUCGAUUUCUACAUCUUCUCUAGUGCUUGUAGAUUCGGUUUGUACGAAACCGAUUUCGGUUGGGGAAAACCGGUUUGGGUUGGGAUACCUUCGGUAAGACAGAAGAACAUCGUGACGCUUCUUGAUACGAAAGAAGCUGGUGGGAUUGAAGCUUGGGUGAAUCUGAAUGAACAAGAGAUGAAGCUUUUCGAACAAGAUAGAGAAUUGCUCCAUUUCGUUUCUCUGAAUCCUAGUGUGAUCCAACCUUUUCUCCAUGUUCUCUGA